CAUCGAUUCAUUAAACAUAAGUUCCACUAACCCAUUGGUCACUUAGUCAAAUUUAAUUUUUGUCGCAAGAAUACUAACAAAAUGAUUCAUUCCACUCGAUUUUCCACCAAUAUGAUCGUAUAUUUAAUGGUCGGCUAUUUGCUUCAGCUGGGCGGCAUUCACGGGGCGCCCGGCAAGCACGCUCUGUGCAGGCGAGCGGUGGAUACGCCGCCGGCCGCCGCGGCAACGGACGCCGCGAACGCGGUCACGGCGGCGACGGACAGCGCGGCGUCGACGGCCUCUGACGGCGGUCUGCUGAGCAGCGUCAGUUCGACCGCUAUGGAUUUCGGCUCGGAGGCCACCAAGUCCGUGGAGGAGAUGCUGAAGGCGGGCAGCCGGGUCAAUCUGGCCGUGCUCAGCCUGUUCGACAAGCUGUUGGGCGCCGUCAGCCUGACGGUGGCCAAGGGCAGCGACUACGUGGCAAGCGGCGCGGAAACGGUGGACGGUCUGCUCAACGGUUUGCCCGUGGUGGGCGUGGUCACGAGUGGCGCGAAGAAUCUCGCGACCGGUGUGUCCAGCACGUUUAACGAGAUAUCGGCCACCGGGCGGAAGAGCCGUAGGAAAAUGUUCGACCAGCUGCGCGAGAAGCUGAACAACAGCAACGGCGCGGCGGCCGCCACCGCCGCCGCAGACCCCACGGCUAACAACGCGGCCGCGGCCACGGCGACCGCCGACACCGCUUAACUCCGCCUUAACUGUGACGGCGGUCGUUACGUCGUUCGUCGGGGAAAGGAAAAAAAAAACCACGCACAAACGUAAUCGCACGGAAUAAAAAAAUACCGAUCUUAGUCGUACGUCU